GUCUUUAGCGUAAUACAAAUGCUGUUUCUUUUUAACAUUCAGAAUGAAGAAGACGUUGUACCUGUAGUGGAAUUGGAUUCUAAAGAUGAAAAGCCCACUAACGGAGAUGUAACUGAAAUGAAAGAAUCGUCCCCACCAGCAACUCAAACGACUAACGGAGAUGUAACUGAAAUGAAAGAAUCGUCCCCACCAGCAACUCAAACGAGAACGGACUCUGUUGAAAUCACAGAAAUUGUCGAUGUACCGGCAUCUGAAUCUGAUAUGGACACUGAAAAGGCCUUAGUACCGGAAUCGGAACUGCAAAGCGAUAAAGAGUUGUCUGAUAGUUCAGAGCUUAAAGCUCCAGAAAGUGCAGAAGUAGAACCUGGCACUGAUAAUAAAUACAUGAAUUUGAAUAAGACUGAUCUAUUUGAACAAAUUUUAAAGGAAAAGGAAGAUCAAAAAGAAUCUAAAGAAAGUAAUGGUAGCUCUGAAGCAGAUUCACAACAAGAACUAGCGACGCCUGUUGAAGCUGUAAAAUCCAAGAAAGUGUCACCACCUGUACCACCACCAAUGCCUAAACAAGGUGUCGUUCCAUGGAGGAAAGAUAUUUCUAAAAAUUCACAAGAACAAACCGCGGUAAAACAAGAACCUGUUGAAGAAAAAGUGAAAACAUAUUCGACAGAAACUAAACUUGUACAAAAUGGAGUUACGUCGUGGAGGAAAGUUGAACCGCCUCAAGAAAAAAAUGUAAGAAUUGUUUGAAAUUGGCAUUCGGCGUUGU